GGACUAUAGAUGCAAUUAUCUCGAUUUCUCGUAGGCACUUCUUUUUCGAUCGUUUUCUCGCCGGCCAGCGCCUCCUCGAUCGGCGGCAAUGGCCGUGAAGAAGGACAGCAAGGCGGCGGCAUCCUCGUCGUCGGCGAAGCACGCCAAUGCCGGCAGCGGGAAGCAGCAGCAGAAGAAGAAGAAGUGGAGCAAGGGAAAGCAGAAGGAGAAGCUCAGCAACGCCGUGCUGUUCGACCAGGCCACCUACGACAAGAUGCUGUCCGAGGCGCCCAAGUACAAGCUCGUCACACCAUCCGUCCUCUCGGAGCGCCUUAGGAUUAAUGCGUCCCUGGCUAAGAGGGGCAUCAAGGACCUGAUGGCAAGGGGGCUCGUGAGGGAGGUGUCCCUUCAUGCCAGCCAGCAGAUUUUCACCAGGGCCACCAAUGUACCAUCGAGUUAAUUAUAUUUGGUAGUAGUGGCGUUUUUCUAGUCCAGCACUACGCUAAUAAGAAGAAGAAAAUGAGUUGUAGAUUAAUAAGAAGUUGAUACCCUUGUAUUUAAGUAUAUUCUUCAGUCA